AUGCUGAGCGCAAAGACUAAGUUCGAAAUUGCCAGGAAUAGAUCCUUCAGUAGCAUAAGAGAAAACCUAAUGUGCUCGUCGGUCAUUUUGAAAAACUCUACCUGUCUCCUAAAAAGCAGCCCCACGUUUGAAAACACCACACAGUUGGACAGCCGGGUCGAAGACCUCCCAGAUGAUGUGGGUUACCCGCAGGAGGACUCACUGAGGGAGAGAAGUGCCAAGGAACUCCACCAGUAUGUGUAUACAGGUGGACUGAACCCCGACGACGAGGUUACCCUUACAUCAAACGAAUGGACACAAGAACACGACGUGAAAAAUGAAUUUAAAAAGGGAAUUCUCUACGACAAAAUUGUUAUGUCUAACGGGGCAUACAACACUUCCAUCGAAACUGUUCACAGUAACUUCCAGAUAAACAAACUAGAGAAUGUAGUUAAUUCGAUAAAAUUCGAGGAAAACACAAGUAUUAAAAUUCCUUCCUAUUUAAGGAACUCUCCCCUCUAUGUCCUCUACCCCGAGUUGGACUACCUGAAUGGUGCAAGAGCAGAGGAUGAGCCGGAAGGAAGAGAAGAUGCAAGGAUUUCAGGACAAGUACAUGAAGAAAUUCCUCUCCAUGCACAAAAAAAAAACCUCAAUAGCUACCUCAGGUACACCCUAAACAACAAUCACAGGACAGGGAGAAACAGAAUGUACGACUACUUUGAGUCGAAUAAAAAAAAUAUGGUGGAGAUUGCCAACCCCAACGACCUGAACCACACACUCCUGUACACAAAGAAGAACACACCGAGAGAGCAAAUAUACAAUUUAUAUAAAAAUAGGUACGUCAGCAACAGGAUCAAUCACACAGAUAAUGAGCUGAGCACACUGAAUACGCUUAAGAGGUUGAAAAUGCCUUUCAUCGAAAAAAACGAAAAGGGAGAAAAUAUUAUCAUCACUUCGGAAGUUAACGCCAAAAGGAGAGUGAACCUUUUACAAAAUUAUGACCAUACUAAAGAGAAAAAUGAAGAAAGCACGAAACAAGGGAGUAUGGGAGGUAAACAAAAUUAUACCGUAUCCCUCAUUGAUGUGUCCUCUAGUGACAAGGCAUCGAUAAAAACAGUCCAUCUCAAUAAUGUAAAAACUGGAGAGGAAAAAAAAAAUAUAUUUCAAUUGAAGAAAAAUACACACAAGGAUGUACAAGUGCAAACAAAUCAAGAAGAUUUUCAGGCAUCUGCUAAAUAUGGUGUGGAUUCUGAUGUUGAGCGUGUCAUGAGCAUACUGGAAGGAAAGAAAAGAAGAAACGCUUCCACCGAAGAUACACAGGUAGCGAAUUCACCUCGAAAAGGAGAAAAAGGGAUGCUCUCCAUUUCUUACUGUGAUGUAGAGGAGAUAGACCAAAGUGGUGAUGACACGCUAAGUCGGAGUGAUGAAAGUGGGGAAGUGGACGGAACGGACGGAAGAGACGAAGCGAAUGAAGAGAUAGAGGAGAAGUUGGAGACACAUACUAACACCAAUGCAGAUGAAAUGGGUUCGAAGAGGGCGCCACCGAAGGCACACCCCGGAAUCACCCAUGUUAUAGAAAAAUACAACCAAUUUUUGCGAACGAGACGAUCCUGUGGGGGACUACAUGGAACCAUAUUAAAAGAGCAGUUAAAUGGUCCCCGUCGGGGUGGCCUGUUUAUGAGGGGAAGAGCCCAUUUGAACGGGGCCAAAGUAUCACCUGCAAGUGAUAACAAUGAGCGUAAAGAACCGAGUGGAUGGGAUGGGAGCCCAACUCGAAGGUAUAAUCCUAUGGAUAAAUUAAUGAUGGGAUGGUAUAGUCCUCUAGCAGGAGGGCGGGCUCCACUCUACCUAACUGGAAACAGGAACAAAACAAUUUUAAUCCCGAAGAUGUACUCUCCUUGGGUUCACAAUACACAGGGAGUGAAAUUUACUAGUUCAUCGUUCAGUGGAUCUAGGAUACGUAGGGACAGCUCUGUGGCUGAGAAUGCUGUUACCUAUGAACCCUCGAUUGGAGGGUUUCUCGAUGUCUACCCCAACGAAUUGAGGAAUUCUGAACUCAAACCAUGCAGACAAGCUGUCUAUAUUAAAAGUAGUAUCCCCCAGGGAGAGAUGGAAAAGUGUCAUACAGAGCGACCUGUUGAGGAAGGAAAAGUUGGAAGCGCACGUGAUGAGGAAUGCGAAAAGGAGAAGAUUACAAAUGAACUGCUACUGAAAAAAUUGUACAUUGAAAAAAAAAGACAGAUGUACGAAAAGAGGAAAUUCGAAAGGGCGAUUUCCAGCAUGAUGAGGAAGAGAGCUGUAUUGGAGGAAAGGGCAAGGGACAAGUACACCGAUUUGGCGAGUUUCCAUGGGAUUGAUCAGGUCAGGCGUGCUGGUCAGGUCAGACACGUUGGUCAGGUUGCUUACGCUGAUGAUGAAUCUUGCAGAAGCACUGAGUGGGAAAGGGAUAUCCUUUUGAGAACCCACAGAUGUGCAAGGAAUCGUGGAAACGCAACUUACAAACUUGCGCAAGGGUUUAAAAUUUGGAAGGAUAGAAACCGGGGGGGUCAAGAGAAGGGCCACGUCAGCAGUUGUAGCAACGUAAAUUUGUACUCGUCAAAUGAAGAGUCGGAUAUUGGGUUGAGAAGGAGAACGCAGAAGGAAGUUCGUAAUUGGAGUGCGCAACCUCGAAACAGAAGAGUGGGUAACCAACUCGCCGAGGGGGAAGAAAGAAACUGGGUUAAGAGCAUCUCAUCGAAAGCAUCCCUCAAGGUAGCGAUAAGGGGAAGAUGCUACGAUAAGCUGACAAAUGAACUGAACAAGAAAGGAAUCUCUCAUAAAUCUAUGCCAAAGUUUUCCCCUCAGUCAUGGAGGGGCAGAGCCCGUGUAUGUGCCGCGGAAGAUAAAAGGCUCAGGUCUCUGUCCUAUAAAAAUAGGUUGUCCAAAUUAAGCGUCCUGGAGAAAAGCAUCCAGCAGUUGAAGGAACACGCAAGGAGGAAUGUUAUCUUUGGAGGAAACGAAAGUUACGAAAAGGGUGAUGGAAAGGUUGAUCAAAGGAGGGAUAUUAUUCGGAGUGAAGUCAACAGGUGUGUGGAGCGUGGUGGUCAUGGAAAGUCGAGCGACGAGGCGGAGGAUGAGUCCAGUGGGGGAAGCACAGACGAAGGGAAAAAACACCUGAUGGAUGAAAAUAAAUACGCAGAAGAUGAAGAAAAAAAUGGAAUAAAAAUUACGUAUAAUUUAGGAAGGAUCGUGAAGAGGGGUAAUGCCAAUUCACAUGAAUGGGUUCAUAAGGAAAAUUCGUUUAUCUCUCCACUAAAUAAAAUGGAAGGACGAAUCGAUGAGAGACAAGAAUACCGUAAUGAAGACCAAAUGGAUGAGCAUAUAUACCAACGGGGGGAUGCACAAACAGAAAACUUUGAAAGGGAAGGAGAUUCGUACCAAACUUUAGAGAGGAAACAAAAAAGACAAACCUCCCCUGCGGAAAAAAAGAACACAAUGGAAAUCAAUUCUUUUGAAGGUGCUGAUUCCCAAAACACAAAGACCAACGAAGUAGACAAUUUAGUGAGAGUAAAAGUAUCAAUAAAGAAAGCCGGUGAAGGAAGAAAGGAACUAGACAAACGGAAUAAUAACGUACAACAGGAUUCCAACCCUAGUAACUAUUUUUUACAUGAGGAUAUUGAGAGAAUGUAUUCCUAUUCCUACAAAGGAAAUGCAAGUAAUGGGUACAUCAAACGCACAGGAUUUGUAGCGAAAGAGAAAGGAAAUUUCAGUGAUACGGAACUGACCAUUAGGAAGAGAAAUUCGGAAAGGAUUACAAAAAAGGGAGAUGAGCCCAAUGACAACCCCGGCAGUCGAACCUUUCUGAGGAAGAACGAAGGACACGGAGGUGGAGACUAUUUAAAGAUCAAGAAAAAAGAGUCGGGAAAUAUGCGAAGCCACUCGCAUUCCAAGUUUUACAACCAGGAAGAGGGAAAAAGGGAGACAUUACCAGGUAUUGAGUUCGCCUCCAAAUGCAACUCACCCCUAUGCAGAAGUCGACCCAUGCAGACGGACAAGUUGCUGGACUUGGAACGUAUCGACCCCAAUAAGUGGAUACAAAAAAUUUUUGGAGAUACGCAUUGA